UCUAUCUCUACUUCCUUCACUUGCAUUUUCUCUCUAUCGCAUGGCGUGGCUUUGAAGCUGCAGGCGACUAGAGUGACCACCACCACCACGACGAGCGCGUCAAAGUUGAGCGCAGGUCGCCUGCCCCACCCGCCCGCGUCACCUGAUUUCGCAGCACCACGCCCUCAUCGCAGCAUUCAUACGCCUCAUCUCCCUCUGCAUCUUCAUGGCACCCGCUCUGGGGGGCAGCGGCGAAGUCUCUUCUGCAUCGGCACUCUCCUCUCCCUCAUCAUCGGCAUCAUGGAUAAUACGAAACCGCUUCGUGAGAGACAAUCUCCUCAAGCAGCCAACAACGAUCCAGGUGCUGCGACUCAUCAUCGCGCUCUGCGUCUACUCGAUCGAACUGGGCAAUCUCUGGCCUUAUGCUCGCAGAUGUAGGAACGAGUUGAGUCACGAUGCUGCGAGGGCUCCGAUACAGAUCCUCGUCCUCGCCGACCCACAGAUCCUCAACGGCAUGCCUCACCCCUCCUACAGCAAGUUGGCCGUCCCCUUCAUCCCUCUGCUGCGCACCUUUACCGACCGCUUCCUCCAACGAGUAUGGCGCGCUCUCCGCCGACCAGGAGGCAACGGUCCAGCCAAGGACUGGACGGCUACCGUCUGGCUCGGCGAUCUGACGGACAUGGGCCGUCUCUACUACGUGCAGGAUGACCUUCCCGGCUUGUAUGACCGUUUUGACCGCCUCUUCCCCACCAACGAUGGCGACAGGGCAAAUCGCACAUUCUACACCGCGGGCAACCACGAUGUCACCCUCGACCCUCCGCCCACCUGGCAACCACCGAGGGGAAAGGAGCGCUACUGGGAGCUUCAGACGAGGGAAUACACUCGAUGGAAGUUCAAGGAGCUGUAUGGCACCCAGGUCUACGAUUUUGGGUGGGACGCAGAUGCUAUCUCACCUCCUCUGGCCAGUAUGAGCCAGAGGGUCUUGAGACCGGGCGAGGAGCAGAAGAGCCGGUACAGCACAAAGGUGGAGCAUACCAAGAGACACAGCAUGCAUGCGCGUGUGCCACUCAAUGUGACGCUGCCAGACGGGUCUGGUCCAACCACGGUCGCCGAGCUCAUCCUACUUGACACGACGGAUGUUAUCUCCCUCCAACGCCAAGGGCGGGACCCCUUCGCUGCCGACCCUUCACCGCCGGGCAGACCAGGAUCAGAAGCAGACUGGCGUUUUGGAGGGGCAUGGUGGUUCUUGGACAGCUUGGCCAAGACACAAGACAGAGGAGUGCCGAGAAUCCUCUUCACGCAUGUGCCCCUCUGGCGCGAUCCGAACGAGGAGACGUCCUGCGACUUGCCGCCAGGGGGCAACAGCGCAGAGAGCGGUAGCAGUAGCAGCACGGCAGGAGCUCGCAACCUACCUCCGGGGGUUCAGCCUGUUGAGCCUGCCAAUAUCCGGAGAGUCAGCUCUGCCCCGCGUAUCGUGCCGGGAACCAACGCGGAGGGUACAUAUGAGAAUUUGGUUGGGGAGCAAUGGUCGCGCUUCAUCCUGGAGAAGGUGCAGCCUAGCGUGGUAUUCACGGCGGAUGACCACGAUGUAUGUCAUCACCUGCACAAAGGCGUCAAGGGCGGCCCUGGAGGAUCAUCAGUGGACGUGCCCGAGCUCACGGUACCAGCUCUCUCACUCACAUCGGGAGUCAAUAGGCCAGGCUUUGCAAGGCUGUCCAUGUGGCAGGAUCAACAGCCUCCACUGGGCGGAGGAGGUGUCGCCCCGCUACAUUCUCGGACUCGUAUCGAGUAUCUUGCGUGCGAGCUCCCUCCUCAGCUCAUGACUUGGGCGUUCUGGUAUCCUUUCAUCGUGGCAGGGGCAGCAGUGUGCCUGUUCCUCAGGAGGGUAGCGCUACUGAGAAGAGCGAGGAGGGCGGGCUCAGCUGGAGGCGGUCUAUCAGGACUAGCAAGGAGCGCAAAGAGCGCUUUACAGGAAGCAGCUGCCCCCACAUCGGGCUCAGGCAGGUACAGGGAUGACGAAGCGGAGCGAGACGUUGAAUCUUUGCCCUUGACGACACUGGGCAGUCGCUCCACUGGUGGCUCGCACCGCAAAGAGACCGACGAAAAGGAUGGAAGUAGUGACUCGUCGGAUCUCUUGUCUAGCGAAGACAACUACAGUGACGACAGCGUCUUCGAGGACGAUGAAGACGAGAAUCCACUCCGAGCCGCCGACGCGGAGGAUGUCGUCUUCGAGUACCGCGAAGAGGUUGGAAACGGACAUCGUCGUAGCCAGAGCAGGGGAGGAGUAGGUCACUCAGCUGAAGCGUCUGGGAGCAGUGGCAGUGGAAGCGGGAGUGGGAGUAGCUCGAGAGGUCACUCACGGCGAGCAAGUCGCGCCAGCAGCAACAACAACAACAACAAUGCCAUCUUCGUCCUCGACGAUGAAGAUGUGGAGCAGGGCGCCCCGUCCUCCCACCGUCAGGACAGCGGCAACGCCUCGCGCUCUCGCUCUCGCUCUCGUGGUGCGUCACGCUCAGCGCACGCUAGUGAGCUAGAGAAGGAGCGUCGCGACCUCAAGGACAAGGACUCUCGCUCCCCAGCUCAACGUAGCAAGCGUCGACGCAGAAGAAGGCGUCAAGGCCAGCAACCCCUGCAUCGCCACUCGAUCACCCUUGCCCCAUGGUGGUCACCCACAGCAUGGCUCGUCGCGCCCGUGCGGAGGCGGCUGCGCCCGCUUUGGAGGCGCAAUAGGAAGGCAGCAACAUCGUCGACGACGGAAGCAGAGGAGAUCCUAGCUGCUCCCCCGCCGGCUUUCAUCGUCGACUUGGCAAUCGUUGCGUGGCCGCCAGCGCUAUUCUGGCUGCUGUUGUGGUUGCUCGGCUUCUAAAGGGUGGAGCGCUUCAUGUAAAUAGAGCUCAAGUCGGGCACGAGGACGGAGAAAGGCGAGGCAAGGGUGCGCUACAGUCCAGUGGAUGACAGUGUGAUGGGCAUUCCUUCUCUUGGUAGGGGUCAAGCAGGUCGCAUGGGUGGUGGUAAUUGCGACAUCUAGAGAACAAUUCGAGCCAGAUGGCGCUGGACGCUGAAUAGAGCACAGCCUCUGCUUCAGGCCUCUUGCUC